GUACUGUAUUUUAUGAAGCGUAGCGUUUAUUGAAAUCCGUGUCGGAUUGCAUAACUUUUUGUAUGAUCCACAUGAAACCUAUGGAGACUUAAAACCACUACGCACAGUGUUUUAUAAAGUAAUUGAGGCUUCACCGGAGUAUUAACUGGAGCAUUCGGUUUGAAGAAAGGACUUAUAUACAAAGAUGGCAUACAAACAACAAUAUGACGGCAGUCCAGAGUGGCUGGAUACUAUUUCAAGAUUAGGCCAAAGUGAAGAAAGUUUUUUGUCAUCUGAAGCAAAAUUAACAUCGGAAAAAAGUAAAGAAGAAACAAAGGAUAAAGACUUCUAUGGUUUUCAUGGAUUAAAUGUACAUCUAUACCGAGUUUUAAGAGAGGACGAAUCUAUUGAAAACGGAAUAUUUUGUCAAGAUAAAGAUUCAAGCAGAUCUGUUGAGCAACAUAUUGCAUCGGGAUCAAAAUAUAAAUCAAAGUUUAUCUCAACUACUUCAAGUUUAGACGUAGCCAGAUACUGGGCCUACUUUGAAAUGAAUACACCCGAAAGAAAGGCUAGAAAAGUACCUUUGCGAAUUGUAGAAAUAGAUAUUCAACUUCUUGCUGGAACCAAAUACGAGAAGAAAUGCAUCAAUCUGUGUAAUGAAGAAGUCAGAAACCACUUUAUUAAGGGUGCCAUUCACAAAAAUUGGGCAAAGUCGUCUCAAGAGGUUCUGUUUGUAGUAGAAAUUCCAAAAUUUGUCUCCUUACAACAACCAACAUUGGUAUUUUGGUUGAAAACCGAUGCUUCCAGACCAAAAUCCCCAACUCCUAAAGAAGAAAAAAAGGACUUGGUUGCUAAGAUGGGUUCAAUGAAUUUGAAAUAAAUCAUCAGAUGUUAUGGGCGCUUACUAUUUUAUAAACGCACUCAUAGUGUACAUUUUCUACAUAUACAUUAAUGAAUAUUUCAAUCAUAUUUUAUAAACAUAUUUAAGAAUAGAAGACUGUUCUUGAAGAAUAGCAAUGAAGCAGCUUUAACAAGUAAAACUCACCGACUCGUUUUGAUUGAAUCUGUUCAUAAAUAUAUUCAUAGAGCUUUUCAUAGUUAAACUUUUAUUGUGUUUUAAAUUUAUCUAAAUUUAUUGAUUAUUGAUUGAUACAUUGUUCAAAGUCAUAUAUACGUUUAUAUUUUAAUAGCUUUAGUGAAUUAUAAUAGAUCUACAUGUAUUUAUACGCUGACAUAUUUUAACCAUUUACCUACUGAAAAGCUUGUUAACCAUAAGCUUGCUGUUUUACUUUAUUUUUAUCCAUUUGCUUCUUUUUAAAUACUUUUUGUAAAAAUAUUAUUUUUUAUAUUUUUCCUAAAUUGUUGAAAUACAGACAUUUUCAUUGGUUGAUUUAAUAAAUUAUUGUAUUUUCAUAGGUUAACUAUCAAACUCAUUUUUGAUAGUAAUUCUUAGUUUUGGUGAUUAUAUAAUAUAAAAUAUAGAACUAUUCAGACAGUCAGAUAGAAAACGUGUAAUGGUUAAAGAUUAAAGCGAUGGUACCACAGUUAUCUUCGAUGCUUUUUAGUAUGAAUGGUUGUUGUAAAUAUGAAUAGAGAAACUAUAUUUAAACAGAAAAAUUGACUUCGUGAAUAAACUUAUAAUAAACGCACUGCUUCGAGCGAAAGUGUGUGACCUUUGCCAUUACCAUUUUGGUAUAUCAGCGAACAGUUUCGUGCAUUUUGCUCUGUACUGUUGAUAUUGGACAGUUCUAAAAACGGUAGAAGUACAUGAAAACGGUUUCAUGGUUUGAUUAGCGUUUGUUUAUAAAUAAACAAUAUAUUUUGUUUAAUGCUUAAUAAAAAUCAUAUUCUUACUAGUA